UUAGUUUCCAUGCUCAGAAAAUGGCAGUUCCUGGGAUUGGGUUUAGUCCUGGGAGUGACUGCACUAUGUGCUUCUUUCGUGGGCGGCAUGUAUUUUCAGCACAAGGAUGCAAGAAGACGCUUACAGAAAUUAAUAAGAACGGAUCCCUAUGCCUACUAUGUCAGCCCCAAAAUUUAUGAAGUGUUUGGUUUCUUUGGGACACAGGAUAAAGCCGAUCACAGGAUGAGACAAAUUAUGAAAUAUGGAUUUCCAGGUCUGGAUGAUUUAAGGCUGUAUAGUGACUUCGUGCUCUCCUACGACCGCCGAAAUCGAGUGGCGCACUGGGUUUGCGAGCAUCUCCAAGUGGACAGCAUUCACUUCGUUCGAGGCAGACGUGGUCAGAAUCCCUAUCAAGCAGAUAUGAGUGUGCCCUCCAACUUUCGAUCUGAAUUGACCGACUAUCGGAGAUCGGGAUUUGAUCGAGGGCACUUGGCAGCCGCAGGAAAUCAUCAUUUGCAACAGAAUCACUGCCAGGACACCUUCUUCCUAACAAAUAUAGCACCACAAAUUGGUCAGGGCUUCAAUAGGGGAGCCUGGAACCAUUUGGAGAGAUAUGUUCGUAAUCUGGUCCACCGAUUUGGUUCCGUUUACGUCUGCACAGGACCUCUAUACAAACCCAAGCAAAGAUUGGGUGGUAAAUUGGGAGUGGAGUAUGAAAUGAUUGGACUGAAUUUGGUUGCCGUUCCAACGCACUUUUUUAAGGUCAUUAUGGUGGAAUCAAAACUUCAGCUUGGAAAACCCUAUAUGGAGGGCUAUGUUCUACCUAAUGCUCCUAUACCUGAUGAUUUGCCACUUCGAUCUUUCCUUUGCGACAUCCGGGAGAUUGAGCAUUACGCCGGCCUUAAGUUUUUUGAUGGUUUGAGGAGAAGCGCUAUUUUUGGAAGCAAUUAUCCCAGUGAGUCGCAGGUUUUUCGGGAAUUCGGGUGAACUAACAUUUCAUUUAG